AUCAUCUUCACAUAUUAUUAUUGUUCUUUAACACAAAAAGUAGAAAGCUCUUUUAUUUUCAUGGAAUUGAAGAUGAAUUUUUGAGUUCUUCUUUUUCGUUUCCUUCAGGUUGAUAUGAGCUUGUAUUUAUCUCGGAUAUAGAACGCUGCCACCAUUGAUUUUGAAACUCGACGAUAUUGGGUAUUUGGGAUUAGGUUACAAUGUCUUCAAAUGAUAAUGGUGGAAUUACAGACGAUAAAGUUAAUGGAAGUAAAAUCAAGACUCGUGCUCCUUUGCACAUAGAAACUUCUAGGAGGGGAUUUCUUAAGGACGCGGAUGCUCAAACUCCUAGUGAUGGUGGCGUGAUAAGCAGGACGCCAAGUUUUCUUGUUUUUGGUAAUCUAGGUACACCGACUGCAAAGUUCCAACGGAUUGCCCAAGAUAGAGAUCAAUUUUCACGUACUGUACCUUCUAGCAAAAGCCAAGCAAUUCGAGAUCGCCUUUCUAGAGUUUUCUCCAAGAAGAUUGAUUGGGUGUCUCUUCAAAAACUAGCUAAAGAAUGGAUAAGAAACCCAAUGAAUAUGGUUCUGUUGAUCUGGGUUUUAGCCGUUGCUGUGUCGGGUGCGAUACUUUUUCUUGUUAUGACGGGUAUGUUGAACCAGGCCCUUCCGAAAAAAACUGAUAGAGAUGCAUGGUUUGAAGUUAAUAAUCAAAUUCUGAAUGCGCUCUUUACUCUCAUGUGUCUGUACCAACAUCCACAACGGCUUUAUCACCUUGUGCUCCUGUUAAGAUGGAAAUCAGAAGAUGUUUCUAAAUUAAGAAAGAUAUACUGCAAAGAUGGAACUUAUAAACCUCAUGAAUGGGCACACAUGUUGGUUGUUAUCUUACUUCUCAACUUAAAUUGUUUUGCACAAUAUGCUUUGUGUGGUCUAAAUGUUGGAUACAGGAGAUCAGAGAGACCUGCCAUAGGGGUGGCGAUAACAAUUUCUGUAGCAAUUGGCGCCCCUGCAAUAGCUGGCGUAUAUAGUGUUCUCAGCCCUCUGGGGAAAGACUAUGAUACGGCUACUUCUGAUGAAGAGUCUCAACUUAAACAAGAUAACGCUAGUAGCAGCGGGACAAGUCAACCAAGGGUCAAAUCUUUUGAAAGAAGAUUCUCAUUCACUCCACGAGAUGAAGGAAUUGUUGAAACUAGUCCAAAAUGGAGUGGGGGUAUAUUUGACUUUUGGCAGGAUAUUUCUCUAGCAUAUCUCUCGCUAUUUUGUAGUUUUUGCGUUUUUGGAUGGAAUAUGGAGAGACUUGGAUUUGGUAACAUGUACGUUCAUAUAGCAACAUUUCUUUUAUUUUGUUUGGCACCUUUUUGGAUAUUUAAUUUGGCUGCCGUUAAUAUCGACAAUGAGACUGCACGAGAGGCAUUGGGGGUUACCGGGAUAUUUCUGUGUGUAUUUGGUUUGCUUUAUGGUGGCUUUUGGAGAAUUCAAAUGAGAAAAAGAUUCAAUCUUCCUCCAUCUGAGUCCUGUUGUGGUAGACCUGCUGUUGCUGAUUGUGCAUCUUGGCUCUUUUGUUGCUGGUGUACACUUGCUCAGGAAGUCCGCACUGGUAAUUUGUAUGACAUCAAGGAAGAAAAGUUUUACAAGAAACCUGGGGACGAGACUCGUGAUAUUCCUAUAUCAACUUUGCCACAAAAAGAAGAAUUUGAUUUCAGAUCUGGUCAGAGUUCUCCACCUCAUAAUGUCUCGUUGCCGUACAAAUCCAAAUCACCAAGUCCUAGCAGGUUUCAACUGGAACAUCAAAAUGUAUCGGUAGUGGAAGAAGAUUCUCGUUCAAGAGAUAACGAUGUAACUUUGGACCCACCUGUUCCAUCUGUUAUACAUCGAGAAGCCAACUGAAAGUUUUAAGCUGAAAUAACAUUUGAUCUGUAAGUUUUUUGAGCAUACGCGUAUCUUUUUUCCCCUGUAUUUGAGAUUUUGCUUUUCUGUUCUGUAAAGUUCAUCUUUUUCUUACAUUUUCUGCUUGUUGUAUUCUCAACUUUUCAAUGGUGACAUAUAUCAGGAAACACUAUCUGAAUGUGAAGUUUUAAGUAUUUAAGAUGAA